AUGUUGGGUGAUAUAAACGAAAAAUGUCCGGGAAGUCGACAAAAACGAAGACAAAAAAAUAUUAGAACUAACGCCCGAAAAAAUGUUACACUAAAUACAAACAACACAGAAAUAGAAGAUGUUACUGAAUUAUGUUGUGUUGUUCAUUUUUAUAAAAAAGACUUAUGUAUAACUUUUGCUGGAAAAAUUUCAUCAAAUAAUUCUAAUGUAGCUUGUAGUUAUUGCCUACAUUUACAAUUGUAUAGAGAUUCAAAGGAUCGAUAUAAACAUGGCCAAACAAAAGCAUCAUUAUCAUUAGAACAUUUUCUUGGUGUUGAAUCUGGUUUUACAUUAGAUAAAGAAUCAAACACAAUUGCAAUUAUUUGUCAAGAUGUUAUUGUUGUAUUAGCAUUUGAUACUAGAGAAAGAUUAAUGCAAUGGCAGGUGAAGAUAGCAAAUCAUCUGGGUGAUGACAUACAAUAUUUAGUAUUAGUAUCAUCAGCACCACCGAAAUCAAAAAUGCAAACAGGUCCAUCAAGAAUGCAUAUACAAGAUAAUAGAUUUUGUUUAACAACUGGUGUUCCACCAAAAUUAGCUGGCUUAUGGGAUAUUGGUUAUUUAAGACGGUAUGGUGUUGUGGAUAAUCGAUUCUGUUUUGAGGGUGGUUCCAGAUGUGGUAAAGGUGAAGGUUUAUACGUUUUUAUAACAGAUCAAGGUGAUGAUAUAACACAAACAUUAAAAUUAGCAUCACAAGGUAGAUUAUCAACUAAAAAACGACAGAUGGCCAGAAAAUUAGCAAUAGAUAGUCCCAGAAAAAUCCUAUCACCUCGUCCAUUAGAUGGUAUUGAUGAUAAUUUUUCAUGUCAUAUCGAUGAUUCAUCAAAUUGUACAUGCGGUUCCAGAACACCAUAUUGGCCGUCACAGGAAUCACGUGAUAUUGAUUACGGUUGUGGUGAUACAAAUUCAGUAUCAGAAUGUCAUGAUAGUUUUAAUGAUGCAGAGAUGUUCCCAAAGACUGGUAAAGCAAUAGAACGUUGUAUGAGUUGUAUAUCAAAAUUAGGUGCACCAUCAAUGUCUCGUAGUUCAACGGCGACAGGUAAUGCAACACCAGGUGGUAAUCAACAACCAUUAUGGCAAAUAUUAACAGAGCAAAACAAUCAAAAUAAUUUAACUGUAAAAACAAUAGCAACUAUUAACACAAAUAGCGCUCUUGUUAGUGGUAAUAACACAAGUAAUAUAAGUACUGUAAAUGUUGUUAAUGGUGUUGAUAGAAUGUCAAUAUGUUCAUCACAUGGUAGUAGUGGUGGUUAUGGUAGUAGCGGAGGAUCAGAAUAUUCAGUACCGCGAAUGACAACAAAUUUAACUGCAUCAACUUAUGCUGAAUCAUCAUACGAAUCAAUACCAGCUAAUCAGUUUUGCUCAAAUAAUCAUCUAUCAUGCCAAAAUUGUCCACCAUCAAAAGGUUUAUUAAACUCAAAUUGUAAUAAAGGUCAAAAUCAAAAACCACCAAUGCCUUUACCGAUUGUAAAUCCAUUACAUACCCACCAUACAAUAAUGAGUUUACAGCAACAACAACAACAUCAAAAAUGUAUAACAACACAACCCACCAAUAUAAAUCAUAUAGGUCCUUAUGAAAAUUAUGAUAUACCUAAAUCAACAAAUUUAAAUUCGACGAAUAGCGUAAAUAGUUUAACUGGUGGUCAAAUUAGCGCAGCAGAAAAUUAUGAUACACCAAAAAAUAUUCAAGAGUAUUUAAAUGAAGACAUGAACAGUAAUUCUCAAAUACAACAACAAUCAUCAUUAGUUUGUGAUGGACCAGAUAAAUACGGGAACUACGACAUGCCAGCACAAAUGUGUGGCUGCUUAGGUUCAACCAAUAGUAAUAAUCAAACCAAUCCCUCUAGCAAUAAUGGAACAUUAAAAGCAAAUAAGGAAAGUGGAAAUAGUAUUACAGAUGGUGUUAGUAGCGGACGCGCUGAUUGCGCUUGCAAUCGUGUUAUGUCAUGGGCAGAUAAUUGGAUCUCAAUACCAUAUUGUAGACGCGGCAAUGGAAUAGAACAAACUGGUGUACCUAUUAAUAGAGUAAAAUUAAGUGGUGAGGGUAAAAUGCCUGUUAUGCAACCGAGUGGAGAAUUGGCAAUAUAUGCUCAAGUUGAUUUCUCUAAAAAAUCAAAUCGACAAGGUAGUACGUCUGACCAUGUAUGUAAUUGUCCAAAAGAAAAUAGCAAUGGUUGUGCAAUGGAUGAUGGUAGUUCCGAAACAAGCUCUUCAAAUUAUAUUAAUUUAGAUCCUGGUCAUGUAUUACCAGAAUUAGUUACUACCGCUAUUGCUGCUGUAAAUAAGAAAGCUAGUGAUUCUGUUGAAAUUAAAACUGAAUUAAGCAAUAACGUAGCAAAUUAUACAAAUUUAGAUUUUGCUCAUUCUUUAGAAAAUUACGAAAACUCAAAAGAAAUGCUCCAAAAAGCUGGAAUAACUCUACAAGAAAUAGAACAGUUGAGAAUGAGAGAGAAUCAAGAUUUCUGCCAGAAAUGCGGGCAUUCAGCAAAAACCCCUGACCCAAAACAAGAUAAAACGCCUACUGGUUUUGAAUCGUCUUCACAACUUCACACACCUUCAACUAUAGAUUCGUCAGAAGGUACUGCUUCAUUGCAAAUAGAAUAUCUAAAAUUAGAUCCGGAUAAAAACGAUACGUCAACGAAAUUCCCUGGUUAUCUUCCUAUGUCUCCAGCUCCUUCAGCAGCCGCAGCAUUAAAUGCGCAAUCAACGACUAGUGGAAACACCAAUAGCAAUAAUAAUAAUAGCAAUAAUAGCGGUAACUGUGGUAAUAAUACAGGAUGUACGAUGGCACCACCCUUGCCAAGUAAAAGUGAAUUGCUGAAACGAAUUAUUGGAGAAAAAUCCGCAAGCAAUCCUACCUUAUCAGGGCCUACCGUUGAUAGAAGUAGAAAACGAAAUGAUCCUAAUCGAAUACCAGGUAGCGCAAUGAUGCUCCUCCAUCGAACCGGAAGCAGUCCAUACAACCGUAAACAAAUUAUGGAUAGUAGUGAUUUAUUACCUUCAAUUGAUAAGAGGCUGGCAAGCCGAAAACGCUCAUCCUCAGCUGAUUCAUCAAGAUUUUUAGAAGAUGUUGAAGAUUUUGACAGCUCAGAAACUCUAAGAAAAUCCUCCUUAACACAAAUAAAUUCUGGACGUAGAUCCUCUUCGCCUUGUCUACACCAAGAAAUGGAACAAUGUGUUGAACAAGUUUGCUUCCCUCCACAAACAAGUAAACCAAAUGCGACAGAAACUGAAGAUGAAACGAGUGUUACAUCAACAUCAACUAGUCAAGUUUCCCAAUCCGUUCAUAUAAGGCGAUCUGCCAGUGUUCCAUGCAAAGCACAAAAUCGAGAUUCAUCAAGUUCGAAUGAUUCUGGUGUUUCAACAGGCUCACUACGCCACAGAGUUGGUGAUUUCCACGAUUUUGAACUACCACUGACAACAGCAAUGUCAGCACGAAGACAUCAAAGACAAGUUCAACCAGUUUCUGCAUGUGUUCAUGCAACGCUACCACGCCGUUCAAAAUCAUUUGAUCCAUUACGAGAAAUAUCAUUUCAAUUCCAAAAAGUUGAAAUUCCUGGGAAAAGUACAUCAGCUGAAGCUGAAGUUCCAGUUUUAUCAGCUAAGCAAAGAGGAUAUGGCAGUCCAUGUGAAGGUAAUUCUACUGCAGCUCCACCAUAUGUUGAUUCUAGAAGUACGAGUAGUGGAACAUCUGAUAUGUCCGAUUAUAUUGAAACGCUUUCACUUUCUAGUCAUAGUUCAUCAGAUGCACCUGAAAAUUUAAGAUUACUGAGACAAGCUACAUCAACAUUGCGACCACGUUCAGGAAAAGAAUAUCAAAAUAUUGAUCGUUCUUUAAUAGCUUUAACUCAAGCAGGUGACACUGUUAAAGUUCAUACAAAUCAAGCCGCACAAAUAAGAGGUUUACUAUCGUGUACAGUCAACUAUGCCAAUAUAACCCCAGUUCCAGAAAAUGCUGAAUCACCUAGUCCCGGCUACCAAAGUGGUUAUUCACCCCAAGAAUCACAAGCAGAUUCAUUUGUUUAUAAUCAAAUACAAUCAAAGCAAUAAGCAAUAUUACAGGAAACCUUAUUUAAAAAUAAAAAAAAAAAAACAAACUGUUAUAAAAUGAUAAACCCAAAUAUAAACAACAAUAUAUAUCUCUAAUAAAUGUUAAGGAUUAAAUUUUUAUUUUUCAAAUUUUCACAUCUAUAAUUAUAUUAUAAAUAUAUCUACAUAUAUAUUAUAUUU